AUGAAUGGGAAUGCCUGUGAAUACUGCUUGAGUGCUCUGGAGACAGCUCAGGAUAAUGCCCGAAGACUGAGUGGCAACCCUGGCCUCAGUCUAGCCCACACUGAGCUGUGCAAGGUGCGCCCAGAGCUGCACCAAGCUUGCCCACAAUGCCAGGUGAUGUACUAUAGCAACGAGUGUCGGCAGGCUGCGGCAGACCAGUACCAUCGGGCCCUGUGCUUAGGCCACUCCCAAGAGGACCCGGACCAUCCCGUCAACAAACUGAAGGAUGCCUGGAGGAGUAUGCAUUACCCUCCUGAGACCUCCAGCAUCACCUUUUUUUUCAGAAUGUUUGAAUUUGUCAUGCAGGCCCAAGACAAAUGCUGCUGGCAGAAGUUGUUCUUUCAGUUUUGCAGCCGUGCGGCCAACGAGGAGGAGGAAAUUGCAUACAAGCUGCUGGAAGAGAAGUUCCAGGGACAUUUGACCUUACUACAAACCCUGUUUACGACAGCACUUUACGAUGAUCAUCUCAAUAUGUGGUUUACACCUGAGGGAUUUCGCUCCCUCUUCGCCCUUGUAGGCACCAAUGGACAGGGCAUAGGUACCAGCGCUCUCGGCCAAUGGGCUCAUGCAUGUGAUGCGUUGGAGCUGACUAGCCAGCAGAGGGAGCAAUUGGAUUCCUUCAUUGAUCAACUAUACAAGGACAUCGAAAGCUGAAUUUGAUUUGUCUCCGCAGAGACCGGUGACUUCCUGAACUACGAGGGUUCUGGGCUCUUCCUACUUCAGAGCUCAUGUAACCACAGCUGCAUACCGAAAGCGGAGGCAUCUUUCCCGAACAACAACUUCUUGCUUCACCUCAGUGCCCUUAGUGACAUCAGCCCUGGAGAGGAGAUCUGCAUCAGUUACUUGGACUGCUGUCAGCGUGACCGGAGCUGUCAUAGCAGACAGAAAAUCCUGAGAGAACUACCUGUUCGUCUACUCGUGUCCAAAAUGUGUGUCUCAGAUGGAUGAGCUGGAUCUGACGUCGUCGUCAGAUGACAUGGAGGAGGAGAUAACGGAUGUCUGAGGGGGAACAAAGACCAGCUCCCUCCCUCCUACUCACCCCCUCGCAAUCCCAUUCUCAGCCACGCGAGCUAACUGCAUCUCUGCCCAGUGAAGACCAAUUUCAAAGACGACAUAUCAAACUCCAAGCAUAUCAACUUCAGUUAUGUACCAAAAUAUAAUUUUUCAAGGAAAAAGUCACUCAACGGCCUGAAGCUUUGGAUCUCCCGGUUGAAAAGCAUUUGGUCACAUGACUCUGCAGUAUCAGCCGUCGUCUCUAACCUCUCGUGUAGCUUCUGCUUAUUGAAAACGUUUACAUUAAAGACACCCAGAUUGAAUUUAUCACAGUUUAGUACCUCUAGAAUGGUAGAAAUCAUUAAAUAGGCAAGAUGUAAUUUAUUCCUUAGGUGUUGUUUGCACCUUUGCCCUCAGAACAGCCUCAAUUCGUUGUGGCAUGGACUCUGCAAGGUAUCAAAGCGUUACACGGAUGCUGUCCCAUGUUGACUCCAAUGGGAGAAUUCUUGAUACCCACGGGAAACUGCAGCAUUGCAGUUCUUGACACAAACCAGUGUGCCUUGCGCCUACUACUAAACCCACUGAAUUGCACACAUACACAAUCCAUGUCUAAAUUGUCUCAAGGCUUAAACCUUCUUUAACCUGUCUCCUCCCCUUCAUCUACACUGAUUUGAAGUGGAUUUAACAAGUGACAUCAAUAAGGGAUCAUAGCUUUCACAUGCUGUUCUCAGCAUGACUGUUGUAGUACAAUUUGUGUCAACUGUGUAAUGCCAUUGCAUCAGCAUGGACCAAAAUCCCUGUGGAACACUUUUGACACCUUGUAGAAUGCCCCUAAGAAUUCAGGCUGCAGUUCAUGAAAAGGAAGGUCCGACCCGGUACUAGAUGUGUAUCUAAUAAACUGUCCGGUGAGUAUGUUCUGAGAAGGAUAAUGCACUUGGCCAAUCUAGUAGUGAUAACAUUAAAGUAUCUACAGUGUAGCUGAAGUAACCAGGCCAAAUUAAGUACAUCGAUCUAUCAAGGAACGUUAGAAACAUUGCAACCUAGGAGUUAACCAUCAGCCAGAAUAACCUUGAGCAGUAGAAAUGCUAUUGUCUGUUAACUAUUUUCCCGUUUAUUGAGAACUGUUAUUUCCACAUGAGUGAAAUUGCUGCUACUGCCCACUCGUGAAUCAAUAGAACUACAAUGACCGUAAUCUUCAAUGCCAAUGUUUUCAAUGUUACCGAACAAAUAUGGCUAACAUCAAAUGACUAACCUCAAUUAUCUCAGUUGGCAUUCAGAGCACUGGUGUAUGAGAACAAAUUGCUUUUGAUGUCACAAGGACAUGCUGCAGCAUAAGAACGGCAGCAAACACUGCAUGAGAAUCCUAGCAAUUGUAAUUUUUACCACUCUGGCAUAAACCAUUGAGAUUAAAAUGUCUUCUCUUAUUUUCUUUAUUUGUAUUCUGCUUAGUGCAAUUUGAUUGUAUGCAGAAGUUAAGCCAACUGGCAGUCUUUACCAACUAUGACCACGUCAGCAUUGCCUUGAAGCAGACAGAUACCCUGUGGAUAACUGGAUAUUUGGGAAGUCAGUAAAUCUUAUUUGUGAGUUAUCGCCAACAUCUGUGAGACCAUGAAGAUUUGACUAUUCCUUCCUAGUCACAUUUUCUACCUCGAUGGGUAUUUUAAUGAACGUUUCAUUUGUGCCUGUUGACUCUUCAAGCGACCUUGACUUUGCUAUAGGCUCUUUUCUAUUGAUACUAGAUUGUAACUCAAGAACAGCCUUGCAAAUACAUCUACAUCUUAUUGGAGCAGUGAACAUGUGUUUGCUGUUCCCACUCUGCUUGGAUGUUAAGAUGCCGAUUCAGGAAGCGAGAAAACGGCACAUCUUUAGAAUAGGAAGAAAAACAUCUGAUAGAAAAUGUGGCUAAAUGACCUAUUUUGUGAUUUCACACCUGCCCCCAAUUUUUUUCAGUGAAGCAAAUUUUUCUCUGUGGACAUCAUCAGUGUCAGCCUAUCUUCCCCUAUGGGAUUGGUUUAGAAGAGUCAAAUGCAAAUUUACGCUGGACAUUCACAUGAGAGAUGAAAGGGAACAUAUUUUUACUUCCAUGAGAGGAUGCACACCUGGGAUCUGGCGGGAGGCUGGACCUCUGGACGCGUCUUGGAGUGAAGUCCAACACCCAUCGGCCGUCAUCCUCUGAGCUCAUGCCAGCAUCCCCACGGGGCCUCUGCAGUUCUGGAAUGUGGCUGCUUUUAGCAGAGCGGUCCACAGUAGGGGUCGAGUGCAGUUUUCCACACACUGCACUCCCUUCAAAUGGAGAGUGUGAAGGUCAAAUGUCACACCCCAGGAGAAAGGGGCUGACCCAGAGCCUCAUUUUAAGAUGGAAGGGGACAGGAAGUGGGUUGAGGGCAGUGGCGGUGUCUAAAUAAAAGGCAAUUAUACGCGUCUAGAGAAAGAGGCUUUUAUUCUAUCUCACCAAGGCCAAAACACUCACAAUCUAUAUUUCAGUAAUGAGAUUGGAAGGGGAAAAAAGUUGGUACAUUAUAAUCAUUGCCAAGACAUGCAGAUGGAGAGAAAUUAUAAAAUUAGCAUCUCAUGAUUUAAAACAGUAAAAUCAGAUCAAAUCAUGUCAGACUUAGAUGUGCAGGUUUGACGUUCACACUGUGAUUUAUAAUACAAAACCUUCAGUAUCUGAUUAAAAUUCAUAUACAGUCUCAUAUUGACAGGUAUCUGCACACCUCAAC